UUAAAGUUGUUUUUUAGGUUAUUAAAUUUUAUCUUUAUUAUGCUUUACCGUUUAAUUUUGUUUGUUAUUACUAUCGUGCUUGUGAAAACAGAUCCAAGUAUAACUGAACUAGAAGAUUCGCAUAAUGAAAAUAAUACCGAGUACGAAAUAGCAAAUGGUAGAAUUCAUAUGACAUUGAAACAAUAUUACUGCGCAUGGAAAGAUUCGAAUAAUUCAAAACCUCUGACGUUCGGUGCCAAAUCUUGGGUAUUUCCAAAGCAAGACGUGAAUUUAGUGCUGUCGUAUCCUGACAAAAAUCAAGCCAUAAAAAGUAAUGAAGUGAUAACCAAAUUCAAUGUAUUCAUAAAGAUAGAUAGCAGCGACAGCAAAGGAUAUAUCACGUCUGGAGGUAUCCUACAGGAUCACAUAUCUCUAUCUUUUGUAUUCCGCGGCAUUACAUCGCUGUCGUAUCAGUUUUGGCUGUACGGGAUGUCGAGCGACUAUAUUCCCAGAAUCGACCCGUACGCAAAUAUACAACCUAUGUGCUAGCUAUUAAACAUUUGUCAAACGUUUGGUGCCACGCAGUAAAUGUUUGGAACCGUGCUGUAAAUGUUUCACAACUGUUUGGUGCCGCGCUAUUAUUCUUUUUAAUUGUUACUAUCUACCUUGCUUCUAAUGUAAAUACGUUAUAGAAAUAAAUUAUUCUUAGACAU